UAACGACUGUAUCGCGUAUAACAUUUAUUCUUUAUACGCAGCAGAAACGACUUCUGCAUUUAAACGAUAAUCUGUGUCCGUGCGAUGAUAAAUAUAAUUAAGCUUCAGCUCGAUUCGAGGACGCCUCAUUCAGGAUUAUCAAACAUGACUGAAACAAUACUGGACAUUCCAAUGGAUGCCUCGGAAGAGUCCGAUAUCUGUCACAUCGAUAUGCAAGCAGCUGUUCUGGACGCUUCCGAAUUAUCACAAACAAAUGAUAAACAAAUACCUAUAAAUUAUGUUGAUUUAGUUCAGCAGUCACGGGAUACGUUUAACAGUGGAAAGACAAGGCCGAUAGAAUGGAGAAUCAAACAAUUAAAACAGCUUAUACUUAUGUUAAGGGAAAAUGCUUCAGAACUUACAGCAGCACUUGCAUCAGAUUUACGUAGGUGCAAGUUCGAAUCAUUUGCAUUUGAAAUCGAUUAUACAAUCCAAGAAAUUAAGUACAUGCUCAUGAAUAUUAAAGAAUGGGCAGCAACAGAAAAGCCGCGCAAGUCAUUGGCGUACUUUUUUGAUGUAGUAGAAAUCCGAAAAGAUCCUUAUGGAGUUGUAUUAAUAAUGGGUGCAUGGAAUUAUCCUCUUCAACUAUGUAUACUACCUAUGAUGGGCGCUAUUGCAGCUGGAAAUUGCGUGAUUGUAAAACCGUCCGAAAUUUCAAUGGCUACGACGAAAUUUUUAUACGAUACCAUUCCGAAAUAUUUAGACACGGAUAGUUGCCGUAUGAUACUCGGAGGAAUCUCAGAAACAACAGAGCUACUCAAGCAACGUUUUGAUUAUAUUUUUUAUACUGGAUCCUCUUCGGUUGGAAAAAUCGUUCGGAAAGCUGCUAAUGAGUUUCUCACACCUGUUACAUUAGAGUUGGGUGGAAAAAGUCCCGUGUACAUAGAUAACACAGUAGAUAUAUCUAUGGCAGCAAAACGCAUUUUAUGGGGUAAAUGCAUCAAUGUAGGUCAAACUUGUAUCGCACCCGAUUAUAUGUUAUGUACACCCGAGAUACAGAAAAAAUUUAUUGAGGAAGCCAAAAAGAUAUUACACGAAUGGUACGGUGAUAAUCCACGUGAGAGUCCCGAUUUGGCACGCAUUAUUUCGGACAAACAUUAUCAACGGCUUGUCAAUUAUUUAAGUGAUAAAAGCAAAAUUGCUAUUGGUGGCGACAUGAAUCCUGCAGAAAAAUUUAUUUCGCCCACAGUACUAGUUAAUAUCCAACCAACGGAUCCCAUCAUGCAAGAGGAGAUAUUUGGACCGUUAUUGCCUAUAAUAAACAUUAAUAAUGCGUACGAAGCAAUAAAUUUCAUCAACAAUCGGGAGAAGCCAUUAUCGUUGUAUUUAUUUAGCCUGGAUAAAGGAACUAUAUCUUUAUUCGUUAAUAAUACGUCUAGUGGCAGCGUUAGUGUCAAUGAUACGAUAUUACAAGCAGCAGUUGAAACUCUACCUUUUGGAGGAGUAGGUUAUUCUGGUAUAGGAGCCUACCAUGGAAAAUUCACAUUCGACACAUUCACGCAUAAGAAAGGUUGUUUGAUUCGGAAUUAUAACAAAAUUGCAGAAAUCAUGGCCAAGUCUCGUUUUCCACCCUAUUCCGAUGCAAACUUGAAGUUGCUCCAACUUUUAACCGCAAGAAGACCUAGUUUGCCCCUUUUGAAGUAUAUACCGCAUGUACUUAUGUUCGGUCUCGGGGUGCUCGCCACAUUUGGAAUCAAAGCUAUAAUGAAGGAAUAUAAAUACAUGGAGGAGUAGUUGUAUCGCCAUCGAUAUCACGCAGCGUCUUCAAAUGCAUCCAUAGGAUACACUUUCUAAUUUAUAUUAUAGUUAAUUGCUUUUUACGAUUAAUCUCAUAACACAAUGAUGGAUGUAAAAAGUCUUGUACAAUAUUUUUGGUUUUACAUAUACAAAUUGUUUAUACUUUAUAUUAAAUAGACGUUUUA